AUGGAAGAGUCAUUAAAGGAGGUAAUGAGAAAUGAUCCUAGGAUGGUGCUUGAUGAGGUUGCCAAACUUGGGACUGAAGAUAAGAAGCAAUUCAUGGAGAGUCCAUGCAAAAUUGUCGAGGAAGACUAUGAUUACCGGAGGAGUUUAAGGAAAAGAGUUGACAGGGUAGGAAUGGAGCUUCCUAGGAUUGAGAUUCGGUUUCAGAAUUUGUCAGUUGAGGGAGAAGCAUAUGUUGGGACCCGAGCACUUCCAACUUUGCUUAAUACCACCUUGAAUGCAGUUGAGGGUGUUGCUCAGAUGGUUGGGCUUUCUCCAUCAAAGAAAAGAGCUGUCAAGAUACUUCAAGAUGUGAAGGGAAUUGUAAAACCUUCAAGGAUGUCACUGCUUCUUGGGCCUCCUGGCUCUGGGAAAACAACUCUGCUAAAAGCACUUGCAGGGAAACUUGACAAUGACAUAAAGGUAACAGGGAAAGUCACCUACUGCGGCCAUGAGUUUUCAGAAUUUGUUCCCCAGAAAACAUGUGCUUAUAUUAGCCAGCAUGAACUCCACUAUGGGCAGAUGACAGUUCGUGAGACAUUAGAUUUUUCAGGACGAUGCAUGGGAGCUGGGACUAGGCAUCAAAUACUUUCAGAGUUGUUGAGACGGGAGAAAGAAGCAGGUAUCGAACCGAAUCCUCGUAUUCGUAAGGAAGCUGCAGCCAUGACUUGUCAGGAUACCAGUUUGAUUACAGAAAACAUUCUGAAGAUACUUAAAUUGGAUAGUUGUGCAGAUACUAAGGUAGGAGAUGACAUGAUAAGGGGCAUCUCUGGUGGAGAAAAGAAGCGCGUAACUACUGGUGAACUAUUGGUUGGACCGGCAAGGGCAUUUGUCAUGGAUGAAAUCUCAACAGGAUUGGACAGUUCUACCGCUUACCAGAUUGUCAAAUUCAUGAGGAAGAUGGUCCAUCUCCUGGAUAUGACCACGGUCACGUCUCUCCUGCAGCCUACACCAGAGACAUUUGAACUUUUUGAUGACAUUAUCCUUCUUUCAGAGGGUCAGAUUGUUUACCAGGGUCCACGAGAUAAUGUCCUUGAGUUCUUCGAACAUAUGGGUUUCAAAUGCCCUGAAAGGAAGGGGGUUGCAGAUUUCCUGCUGGAAGUAACUUCCAAGAAGGAUCAAGAGCGAUACUGGUUCAGAAAGAAUCAACCUUACGAGUAUGUUUCAGUACCGAAGUUCGUGCGCGCUUUCAAUUCUUUUCACAUUGGCCUACAGCUUUCAGAACAUCUAAAAGUUCCUUUCAACAAAUUUAGAGUUCAUCCUGAUGCUUUAGUGAGUGAAAAGUAUGGCGUCUCCAACUGGGAACUCUUUAAGGCGUGCUUUUCAAGGGAAUGGCUUCUGAUGAAGCGCAACUCUAUAGUUUCCAUCUUCAAAAUUAUCCAAAUAACAAUCAUUGCCAUAAUUGCAUUUACUGCUUUCUCAAAAACCGGAAGGAAAGCUGGACAAAAGAACGGUGCAGCAAACUUUUGGGGAGCACUAUUCUUCGGUCUCACAAAUUUCAUAAUCAAUGCGAUGAUAGAACUUACAAUGACAGUUUUCAGACUUCCCGUGUUCUUUAAGCAGAGGAGUUCAAUGCUAUAUCCUGCAUGGGCUUUUGGAUUACCUAUUUGUCUCUUCAGCAUUCCUGUCUCACUGAUUGAAUCAGGAAUUUGGGUCACUCUUACAUAUUACUCCAUUGGCUUUGCUCCAGCUGCCAGCAGGUUCUUCAAACAGCUCUUGGCUUUCUUCAGUACAUAUCAGAUGACUCUAUCUCUAUACCGUUUCAUAGCAGUGGUUGGAAGAAAAUUGCUUGUCGCGAACAUACUUGGUUUCUUAACUAUGGUGACUGUUAUUGUUCUUGGAGGUUUCAUCAUCACCAAAGAUGACAUAGAGUUGUGGAUGAGAUGGGGCUACUAUCUGUCUCCUAUAAUGUAUGGCCAAAAUGCCAUUUCUAUCAAUGAAUUUCUCGACAACAGAUGGGGCAAUCUCACUGGCAGCCCACAUGAGUCUACUGUUGGAAAGUCUCUUCUUAAGGAAAGGGGAUUCUUUACGGAUGAAUACUGGUAUUGGAUUUGCAUUGGGGUGCUUCUUGGGUUCUCUCUUAUUUUCAAUUUUCUCUUCAUUGCAGCACUCGAAUUUUUGAAUGCUCCUGCCGAUUCGAGAGCUGUAAUUGCGGAUGAUGACACUGAAAAUGUUGUGAAAAUCUCCCGGGGGGAAUACAAACAUUCCAAGAAUCCAAACAAGCAAUAUAAAAAAGGAACGGUUCUGUCUUUUCAGCCACUUUCACUUGCCUUCAACAAUGUGAAUUAUUAUGUCGAUAUGCCUGUGGAAACGAGGAAACAAGGGACUGAGAAAAACCGAUUGCAGCUGCUAAAAGAUGUGAGUGGAGCUUUUAGGCCAGGUACUCUGACAGCAUUAGUUGGUGUCAGCGGUGCUGGUAAGACCACCUUGAUGGAUGUAUUGGCAGGAAGGAAGAUUAUGGGGUACAUUGAAGGAAGUAUAAGCAUUUCUGGAUACCCAAAGAACCAAGUCACAUUUGCUCGGGUCAGUGGUUAUUGUGAACAGAUCGACAUGCAUUCACCAUGUGUUACUGUCUAUGAAUCUCUCCUCUAUUCUGCCUCGAUGCGUCUUGCUGCGGAUGUCAAGAAGGAAACACGAAAGAUGUUCAUUGAUGAAGUUAUGGAAUUGGUUGAGCUUAAGCCACUGAUGAAUGCUCUCGUAGGACUUCCACGAAUUGACGGUCUUUCAACUGAGCAGAGAAAGAGACUCACAAUAGCUGUAGAGUUGGUUGCUAAUCCCUCCAUCAUUUUUAUGGAUGAGCCCACAUCAGGCCUUGAUGCUAGAGCUGCUGCCAUUGUUAUGCGUGCUAUAAGGCAUAUGGUGGAUACAGGACGAACUGUUGUCUGCACCAUUCACCAACCAAGCAUUGACAUCUUUGAAACUUUUGAUGAACUUUUGUUGAUGAAAAGAGGAGGACAAGUGAUAUAUGCUGGACCUCUUGGUCGCAAUUCUCACAAGCUUGUGCAAUAUUUUGAGGCUGUUCCAGGGGUUCCCAGGAUCAAACAAGGCUCUAAUCCUGCUACAUGGAUGUUGGAGAUCAGCUCUGAGGCAAUAGAAGCUCAACUUCAAGUUGAUUUUGCAGAAGUUUAUGCCAACUCUGAACUUUACCGGAAAAAUCAGGAACUCAUAAAAAAACUUAAUACUCCACGACCAGGUUCCAAGGAUCUUUCUUUCCCCUCUCAAUACUCCCAAAGCUUUAUAACUCAAUGCACGGCUUGUUUCUGGAAACAACACAAGUCAUACUGGCGAAACUCAGAAUUCAAUUAUACCCGGUUCGUUGUAGCAAUCAUCAUUGGUAUCCUGUUUGGUCUUGUCUUUUGGAGCAGAGGAGAUCGAAUAUACAAAAGAAAUGAUCUUAUUAAUCUUCUGGGAGCUACAUAUGCUGCUGUUCUUUUCCUUGGAGCCACUAAUGCUUCUGCUGUGCAAUCUGUCAUAGCAACUGAGAGAACAGUUUUCUACCGUGAAAGAGCCGCAGGGAUGUAUUCAGAGUUGCCUUAUGCUUUUGCUCAUGUGGCUAUAGAGAUAAUUUAUGUUUCAAUCCAAACUUUUCUAUAUUCUCUUCUUUUGUACUCAAUGAUUGGGUUUGAAUGGAAUGUGGGCAAGUUCUUGUACUUCUACUACUUCAUUUUCAUGAGCUUCACCUACUUUUCAAUGUAUGGGAUGAUGAUUAUUUCCCUGACUCCUGGACCUGAGAUCGCUGCCGUGUUUAUGUCCUUCUUCAUAAGUUUCUGGAACUUGUUCUCUGGUUAUCUCAUCGCUAGGCCGCUGAUUCCUGUGUGGUGGAGGUGGUAUUACUGGGCUUCUCCAGUUGCUUGGACCAUUUACGGCAUUUUCACCUCACAAGUUGUUGAUAAAAACACCCUUCUUGAAAUUCCUGGAUCAGAACCAGUGCCAUUAAAGGCAUUCGUUGAGAAGUACUUGGGUUAUGAUCACGAUUUCCUUCUACCUGUAGUCCUAGCUCAUGUUGGUUGGGUUCUCCUCUUCUUUUUCACCUUCGCAUACGGCAUCAAGUUCCUUAACUUCCAAAGGAGAUGA